UGAUCGAUCGUUCGCGCGGCUGGUCGUGUUUGUCGUGCGCCCGUACUCGUAGGCUCGUAGGACCUAAAGGAUCGUGAUCGUCGUGCUUCUUUUGUGUUCAGCCUGUUGAAGGUUUCUGAUCGGAUCGGAUCGGUGGGUUCGUUCGCGCGCGCGUGCUUGUUUCGCUAGGGAGCUGUUCCCUUCCCCGCAGGUUUUGGCGGUGUGCAUUGCAGUGUGUGACUAAGAAAUAGUUUUGAGAACAUGAACCCCACGUUGGCUAUCUGUUGCUGCGUGCUAGCAUCCCUGCUGGUAACAUCCGCAGUUGGCCAGCCGCAGCAGCCCGAAGAUGGUCUGAGGUCACUGUUGCUGCGGCGGGGACGCCAGGGACACAAAGUCUACAAGCACGAGGACCAAAGCCGUCCCGGAGUACCGGUAGCAAACGCGAUCACCGAGCCCAAGUCGGCCGCAGACAAGUCCACUACAACUACCGAGGACCCGUCAACCUCGGCCUCCUCAGCCACCCCGGCCGUUCAACCUUCGUUCACCAAAAAGGGACUGCACCCGCUGUUGGCGCGUAAAAAGUUCCAACUGUCCUCGAAGGAGCACAAGGCCAAGGCUACCGCCGAAGCCGAAGCCGGAAGCACUACCGCCGCCGCAACCUCCGCAGCGGAUUCUUCCGCCGAUUCGUCUUCCUCCUCGGAUGUCUCGCCCACCUCCCCCUCGGGAACCACCCGCCGAACGAGGCCAACCCGUCCCCUGGGAGGACGCGUUACGGGCAGCAGGGCACCGACCUCUCCGCGCACCCCUAGAACCACCACCAAGCGGACCACCAGCACCACGGAAGCGUCCACCACCACGGUGCGAUCGACCCGGGCACGCCGGGGACGUCCAACGCGGCCUAACAAGUUCGGUACAACGGUGAAGGUGGAACCUACCAGCACCAGUACCAGCACCACCACAACUACUACUACUACGACGACGACGACGACGCCAGCGCCAACAACUACCACGACUACGACAACAACCUCAACCACCACCCCAGUUCCUUCGACUAGCGUAAGCAGCAGCAGCAGUAGCACAAGUACCAGCACUUCAACCGUUAGCAGCGGCUCUUCAAGCUCAACGACAUCGACAUCGACCUCUGCCACGGAAGAGGGUUCAGCACAGUCGGUGUCCUCCAGCAGCAGCAGCAGCACCAGCACCAGUUCGGUUGCCCCGACGGAAGUAGCGCCGGCGCCCGUCUCGACGGAAGUUGCGGCCGCUCCAAAGUCCUUGGCACCUGCCACGCCCGCUCCGGUUCACGAGCGGCACCAGGAGCGCGAGGACGAUGAAGUCAUCUACGACUGAGCGGAGAAGCGGGCUAAAGUGGGAGGGAAAGUGAUUUUCUGGGAGUCUUUUUUUUUUUGAAUUUUUCUUUUAGAUGGAGAAACGCCGUUGCCUGCCAAAAGACGACACGAAACUACUAUUACUACUUGUGCCUUUUAAUUAAUUGUGAAUCAUAGAGAGAAAGAGAGAGGAUGUGACGACGAGUGAAGGACGGAGAACGGUCGAACCGGGGGGAUGGCAACCCUAUUCCGACCAAAGCAAACUGACAACAGUCGACAUUAGCACGGUUGUCAAAUGAGAGCC